AUGGCACCUGGGCCACACGGACCAAGACAGCAUACCAGACUUCCACACAAGGCCAUAGACAAACGAUCCUCCGAGAAGUUCGAGUGUGACAAAGGACGUCUUGUGAAAUCAGAAUUACAGAAACUGCCCCACAAAAAUGAUGGUGCUUCCUUGCCAAAAGUGGUGCCCGGGACCCGUCCGGAGUGUGUUUGCUGGGGUCAGUGCGGCGCUGCAGGUAACCAGACGCUGUCCAUCAGCCGCUUCUUCGGCAACGUGGAGCUCAUGGAGGACCUGCCGCCAGCGUCUUUGGGUCCCGCCGUGAGCAGAUGAGAGUUCAGAAAAAUGCAUUUCAGAGCCAAGGAGGACAGGGAGGAUGAUGGCACUGACUGGUGCCCGGUGCCCAGGAGGCGCAGGCAAAGUGGACAGCGUUGGCCUGAGAGUGUAGUGAGGCUUCUGAGCGGGCCGGGGCAGCACGCGGGGACAGCUGGGCGCUGCUGGCCAUGCCAACGUCAUAGCCUGCUGCUGUGCGCACCUGAGAUGACCCAGCCGGCUCCGAGACAGCGUUCAGUAAGCGAGGCCUUGGUGAACUUUAUCAGAAAGAAAAUUUCUUCAUUGCUUUCUACCUUCAACUGA